AUGGUGCUGCUGCUGGUCAUCCUCAUCCCGGUGCUGGUGAGCUCGGCCGGCACGUCGGCGCACUACGAGAUGCUGGGCACCUGCCGCAUGGUCUGCGACCCCUACGGGGGCACCAGGGCGCCCAGCACGGCCGCCACGCCGGACCGCGGCCUCAUGCAGUCCCUGCCAACCUUCAUCCAGGGCCCCAAAGGCGAGGCCGGCCGGCCGGGGAAGGCGGGUCCGCGCGGGCCCCCGGGUGAGCCUGGGCCGCCGGGCCCCGUGGGGCCCCCGGGCGAGAAGGGCGAGCCGGGCCGCCAAGGCCUGCCGGGCCCGCCCGGGGCUCCCGGCCUGAACGCGGCCGGGGCCAUCAGCGCCGCCACCUACAGCACGGUGCCCAAGAUCGCCUUCUACGCCGGCCUCAAGCGGCAGCACGAAGGCUACGAGGUGCUCAAGUUCGACGACGUGGUUACCAACCUCGGGAACCACUACGACCCGACCACCGGCAAGUUCACCUGCUCCAUUCCGGGCAUCUACUUCUUCACCUACCACGUCCUGAUGCGCGGAGGGGACGGCACCAGCAUGUGGGCCGAUCUCUGCAAAAACAACCAGGUGCGUGCUAGUGCAAUUGCCCAAGAUGCUGAUCAGAAUUACGACUACGCCAGUAACAGUGUGGUUCUCCAUCUGGAGCCCGGAGACGAAGUCUAUAUCAAAUUAGAUGGCGGGAAAGCCCACGGAGGAAACAACAACAAAUACAGCACGUUUUCUGGAUUUAUCAUUUAUGCUGACUGA